AUGGCCAGGAGCCCGCCAGCCCGAUGGGCUCUGUUGCUCUCUCUGGUCAUUCUUAUCGGAUGCAUGGUCGUCCCCGGUUAUGCCGUAAAGCGCAAAGAUUUCAAAACAUGCGAGCAGUCCGGGUUCUGCAAACGAAACCGAGCCUAUGCCGACAACGCCUCUGCCCUGGGAACAUCAUGGAGCUCCCCUUACGAGCUCGACCCUGCAACCGUGCAUUUCAAGGAUGGCCUGCUGACAGGCAUCAUCAUCAAAACAACCACAAGCAAUGAGAAGGUCCGGUUACCCCUCACGGUGUCCUUCCUGGAAUCGGGAGCUGCCCGCAUCCUGGUGGACGAAGAGAAACGACUACAGGGUGACAUUGAGAUGCGCCAUGGCAGCCAGGCAAACAAGAAGCGAUAUGAUGAGGCUGAGCAAUGGGCUAUCGUGGGCGGCCUGGAAGUCAGCAAGUCGGCCACCUUGAACGCCCAGAGUGAGACCGGCUUUACCAACGUUCUCUAUGGACCGGGUGACGCAUUCCAAGCCAUUGUCCGCCAUGCGCCAUUUGGGAUCGACUUCCAACGAGACGGAGAGACACACGUUCAAUUGAACCACCAGGGCCUGUUGAAUUUGGAGCACUGGCGACCAAAGGUGGACGUCCCAGAAGGCGAGUCCGCCGCGGAGGACGAAAGCACCUGGUGGGAGGAGACAUUCGGAGGAAACACCGACUCGAAGCCAAGGGGCCCUGAAAGUAUCGCUCUUGAUGUCACUUUCCCAGGUUACAGCCACGUCUUCGGUAUUCCAGAGCACGCAGAUUCGCUCUCCCUGAAGGAGACCCGAGGUGGUGGACCCGGCAACCACGAUGAUCCAUACCGUCUUUACAACUCGGAUGUGUUCGAGUAUGAACUCGAAAGCCCGAUGACUUUGUAUGGAGCCAUUCCCCUCAUGCAAGCCCACCGCAAGAACUCGACCGUUGGUGUCUUCUGGCUCAAUGCCGCCGAGACCUGGAUUGAUAUUGUGAAGUCCACUAUCUCCUCCAACCCCCUCGCUUUGGGCCACAACGCAAAGAAGAACACCCACACUCAUUGGUUCUCAGAGUCUGGUCGCAUCGACCUGUUUGUGUUCCUUGGGCCCUCGCCUAAUGACAUCAGCAAAACCUACGGUGAACUCACUGGAUACACGCAGCUACCCCAACAAUUUGCGAUUGGGUAUCACCAGUGCCGCUGGAACUACGUCACGGACGAGGAUGUGAAGGAAGUCAAUGCCAAGUUUGACAAGUACCAGAUUCCCUACGACGUGAUCUGGCUUGAUCUCGAAUAUACCGAUGACCGCAAAUACUUCACUUGGGAUUCUCUCACCUUCCCCGAUCCUAAGGGUAUGCAGCAAAAGCUUGAUGAAAGCGAGCGCAAGCUUGUGGUCUUGAUUGACCCCCACAUCAAGAACGCGGAUAAGUAUUUUGUUUCCGAGGAGCUCAGGAGCAAAAAUCUCGCUGUGCUGAACAAGGAUGGCGACAUUUACGACGGAUGGUGCUGGCCAGGUUCGUCGAACUGGGUGGAUUGCUUUAGCCCUGCAGCGCGUGCUUGGUGGGCUACUCUUCACAAGUUUGACAAGUUCAAGGGAUCUCUUCAAAAUCUUUUCAUCUGGAAUGAUAUGAACGAGCCCUCAGUCUUCAAUGGACCUGAUAUGACCAUGCCUAAGGACAACCUUCACUACGGUAACUGGGAGCACCGUGACAUCCACAAUGUCAAUGGCCUGACCCUUUUGAAUGCCACCUAUGAGGCAAUGCUGGAGCGCAAGAAGGGCGAGGUCCGCAGGCCAUUCAUUCUGACGCGCUCUUACUACUCCGGCGCUCAGCGUGUGUCUGCUAUGUGGACUGGAGACAACCAAGCUACCUGGGAACACCUAGGAGCCACCAUCCCCAUGGUCUUGACCAAUGGUAUUGCUGGUUUCCCAUUCGCUGGUGCAGAUGUUGGUGGUUUCUUCCACAAUCCCGACAAGCAGCUUUUGAGCCGUUGGUACCAAACCGGUAUUUGGUACCCCUUCUUCCGUGCACACGCUCACAUCGAUACUCGUCGACGUGAGCCUUAUUUGAUCAGUGAACCACACCGAUCAUACAUCGCCCAGUCCAUUCGCCUCAGAUACCAGCUCAUGCCCGCUUGGUACACAGCUUUCCACGAAGCUUCGGUUAACGGUACCCCAAUCGUGCGACCACAGUACUACGUCUUCCCCGAGGAUGAGCGAGGCUUUGCUAUCGAUGAUCAACUGUACCUCGCUUCCACUGGUCUUCUCGUGAAGCCGGUUGUGAAGGAAAACACUAAUAGCGCUGAUGUAUACAUUUCCGACGACGAGAAGUACUACGACUACUUCGAUUUCACAGUCUACCAGGGCGCGGGUAAGAAGCACACCGUCCCUGCACCUGAACAGAAGGUCCCCGUUUUGAUUCAGGGUGGUCACGUCAUUCCCCGCAAGGACCGCCCUCGUCGCAGCACCGGACUCAUGCGCUGGGACCCUUACACAUUGAUCCUUACCCUCGACAAGAACGGCGAAGCUGAAGGAACGCUCUACGUCGAUGAUGGCGAGACCUUCGAUUAUGAGCGUGGAGCAUACAUUCACCGCCGUUUCAACUACCGCGAAUCUGCCUUGUCCUCGGAGGACAUUGGCACCAAGGGAGCCAAGACAGCCGAAUACCUCAAAGCUAUGUCUGGCGUUACUGUCGAGCGGGUCGUGGUCGUUGAUCCGCCCACAGAAUGGAAAGACAAGCAGACUGUCACUGUGAUUGAAGACGGAGCUAAGUCUGCCUCCACCGCCUCUUUGGAGUUCUAUGAGCAGGAGGCUGGCAAGGCCCCCUAUGCGGUGGUGAAGAAACCCAAUGUUGGCAUUGGCAAGACCUGGCGCAUCGAAUUUUAG